AUGCCCCUGAUGGCUUGGAAACGUGUGUGGGUCAGGGAGAAGCGUGGGGAUAUCCAUCGAUUCUUCCUGCUCGGCCGGGACCGCGUGUGUCAGCAGGACGCGGAGUGUGCCGAGCUCUCGCUGUGCAGUGGGUCCUGCCACGCCGAGCAGAUCCUGCAGACCCUCAACUCCUACCGGCACAGCGGCACCUUCACCGACGUGGUGCUGCUGAUCGAUGGGCAGGAGUUCCCCUGCCACCGUGCCACCCUCUCAGCCAACAGCACCUACUUCAGGGCCAUGUUUGGCGGCGACCUCAAGGAAGGCCACCAGGACAUCGUCAACAUCCAGAAGAUCUCUGCCUCCACCAUGUCCCUCCUCCUGGAUUACAUGUACGGGGGGAACAUCAUCAUCCAGGAGGACAACGUCGAGGGCAUCCUGGAGCUGUCUGACCUGCUGCAGAUCUCCAAGCUCAGGGAUGCCUGCGUCACCUUCCUGGAGGGCCAGCUGCACCCGUGCAACUGCCUGGGCAUCAUGAAGUUCGCCGACUCCUUCUCCAUCGCGUCCCUGACGGAGAAGAGCAGGAGGUUCCUGCUGGAGUGUUUCGUGGAGGUGUCGUGCCACGAGGAGUUCCUGGAGAUGGGGGUGAAGGAGCUGGUGGGGUACCUGAGCGACGAGCAGCUGGUGGUGCCCAGGGAGGAGGUGGUGUUCGAGGCGGUGAUGCGCUGGGUGCGCCACGACGCGCCCGCCAGGAAGGGGCUCCUGAGGGAGCUCCUGGAGCACGUGCGCCUGCCCCUGCUCAGCCCCACCUACUUCCUGGAGAAGGUGGAGAUGGACGGGCUCAUCCAGGACUCCAAGGAAUGCAUUCCCCUCCUGCACGAGGCCCGCAAGUGCUACAUCCUGGGGAACGAGGUCGGCUCCCUGCGCUCCAGGCCCCGCAGGUUCAUGGAGCUGGCAGAGGUCAUCGUGGUCAUUGGGGGCUGUGACAAGAAGGGCCUCCUGAAGCUGCCCUUCACUGACCUGUACCACCCCAAGAGCAGGCAGUGGACAGCCCUCUCCAGCGUGCCCGGGUACACCAAGUCAGAGUUUGCUGCCUGCACCCUGAAGAACGACGUGUACAUCUCAGGAGGACACAUCAGCAGCAGCGAUGUCUGGGUGCUGAGCUCCCAGCUGAAUGUCUGGAUCAAGGUGGCUUGUCUGCAGAAGGGCCGCUGGAGGCACAAGAUGGCAACGCUCCAGGGCAAGAUCUACGCCGUGGGGGGCUUCGAUGGCUUUUACCGCCUCUCCAGCGUGGAGUGCUACGACACCUUCUCCAACAGCUGGUCCAGCCUGGCCCCGCUGCCCCAGGCCGUGAGCUCGGCCGCCGUGGUCUCCUGCCUCAACAGGCUCUACGUGCUGGGAGGGGCUGUGGACGACACCUCCAACACGGACAAGGUCCAGUGUUACGAUCCAGAGGAUGACAAGUGGACGCUCUUGUCUCCCACCCCGUUUUACCAGAGGUGCAUCAGUGCUGUCUGCUUGGACAACAUCAUUUACGUUGUGGGUGGACUCCUCAGCAAGAUCUUCAGCUAUGAUCCCAGGAAGGACAGCUGGAGAGAAGUGGCCGCCCUCCCUGGGCCUCUGGAGAGCUGUGGCCUGACGGUGUGUGGAGGGAAGAUCUACAUCCUGGGUGGCCGGGACGAGACCGGGGAGGGCACGGACAAGGCGUUCACCUUCGACCCGGCGACGGGGCUGGUGGAGCCGCAGCCGCCGCUGCAGCGCUGCACCAGCUACCACGGCUGUGUGACCAUCCUGCAGCGCAGGGACAGGUGACCACGGGGCUCCCCUGCGCCCAGAGCCUCCCCUGGAGCCGCCCAGCACGUGGCAACAGCAGCCCCUGCAGAGGAGGUGCUCCCCCAAGCCCCCGGGGCAGCCUCGGGUUUGUUUUUUCCCGGCCUCGCGACGGGUGCCGAAGGAUUUGAUGCUGAUCCAGGUGAGAGGAUGGAAGGGUCCUGGGCUGCGUGAAGCUGCAUCACAGACCUUGCCACUGCAACCCCUGGGACUGCUGGAUUUGACCUUUGCUUAGGUUUUUCCUGGCUGUAGAUGAAAAUCUUCUGCUGGAUUUGCUGUCCUGAAAGGAUGUGUGUUUGCUGCUCCCUGAUGCCCAGAACUGCUGCUGUAACAGUUACAGCUCCAGGAUCCAAUCCUUUGGCUAAAAGCUGUCAGGUAUCUGUGCAUUUAUUACAGAACCCCGUGCCAAACCCCAGUGGGGACCUAAAUGCUCCUUAACAUCCUCGAACGGAGAGCUGGGAUUGGGACUUCAAAGUUGAUGAUCCCAAGAAAAUCACUCCACUAAAUCCCAAAUAGUUCCAGCUCUGACUCUGCACAGUCUGUGUGAAGGUCUGUGCCCCCAAAGCACAGAGUGCUGUCUCUUUUCAUGCCUGUUUUGUGGUUGGACUGCUGUGUCUCUCUCACUGAGUGGACAAGUGAAUCCUGCAGCCAAGAGUUCCUUCUUCAGAGAGGAGAAGGAGGGGGAAUAUUAAGGUGUAGGAAUUAAGCAUGAAGACCUGAAGCAUGGUAACCACAGAACUGUCUCAUUUUGGCUCUGGAGUACGUAGCAAAUCUUAAAUAAACUCCAUAUUUGCCAGCCUGGGGUCCCUGGGAGCCUGAGUGUGCAGCUCGUUUGGAGGAUGUUUGAUCACACACCCUGCGUUGCUCCAAGCUGCCCUCAGGUCUGGAAAUGACCCUGAGCAUGUUUGAUUUGGUAGGAUAACCGUAGUUUUUGGUGUUGGUGUCUUUAGUCCGUGCCUGGAACUGGUGAUUCCUGGUGGCUCCAUGUAAAUGCUCACAUUGUUCAAUUAGGGGCUGAACUGCUGCCAAAUGUAGAGUGAGGGCUCUUAAAAACACCCCCUACCUUGGGCACUGUGGGGUGCACCCCUCCACAGCAGGCUGCUGGCUGGCUGCUGUGCUCUCUGCACCUUCCUUUCCUCAUCCCAGUUCUUCCUGAAGCAGAGGAAAUGACUGUGGCCAGCUAUUCCCCUUCGGUUGUCCCAAACCUGCUGGUUCUGCCUGCUCCCCCCUGUGCUCACCACUAAACCAAGUCCUCAAGGGCCACAUCCACGUGUUUUCUGAACGCUCCCAGGGGUGGUGACUCCACCACUUCCCUGGGCAGCCCCUUACAAUGCUUCAAAACCCUUCCCAUGACAUGUUUUUUCCCCCUAAUAUCUAAUCUAAGCUUCUCCUGGCACAACUUGAGGCUGUUUCCUCGAGGAUUUCCUCAGAGGAGAUUCCACGCUGGUGUAGGUUAUUCCCACGAGGAGAGAAAAGGAAAUUCCUGCUGGUAAAAGGCAAUUUUAUUUGCAAUCAGAUUGCAUCCACAUUUGGGUCUUUAAGGGGAACGGAGAUUCCAAGAGGAUGAGCCUGCCCAGGGCAGGCACCGAGCAAAAUCUGACCUGCUGAGGAGGCUGAGCACUGUGGGGAAUCCCUGGUAAAAGGGAUGGUCCCCAUGCCAAAGGUAAGCCUGAGGAAUGUGGAAUGGGGCUGGGAACACAGCUGAUCUUGCUUGGCUGCUGGUGGUUCUUUGUGCUCCUGCUCUUGAGCACAGGAAUAUAUUUGGACAUAGCAACAGCCUUGAAAGGAAAAAAGAGGAGUUUUCCAGUUGCAUUUCCAACUUCUCUCUCCACAGUCCUCCCUGAUUUUUCCUAAUGCCUCCUCCCGGGAGUGUCUUGCUGUACUUCCCACUUUAUUCCUGUAGGAUGAGCACACUCCAAAGGGUGGAAGAUGUCCCUGUCAGCUUUCCCACGUGCUUUUGCCACGUGUGGUGUGUUGCCAUAGGUGGGACGCGGUGCUGGAAGUUGUGGCACAGACACUGAAACAUUUGCCUGCUAUUUAUUGUACCCCUGAAUUGUGUUUUGUAGGUGCAGUGGGUG